ACUUAACCACGUCCGCCUGGCCCCGCCUGCCUCCGGUUUCCAAUUGACACUGGCCGCGGGAACUCAGAUGGGAGCGAAGGCCAAGAGGUCCCGCGUAGGUUGGUGAGCGUCUGCGCAGCGCUAGCUUUCGCGAGCUGGCCUGGGGAGAGUAGAGCUGCCAGAUGGUUUUGCCAUAUGAAGCUGAACAUGGCAGAAGAAGAGGACUAUAUGUCUGAUUCCUUCAUUAAUGUCCAAGAAGAUAUCAGACCAGGCUUGCCAAUGCUGAGGCAAAUCCGAGAAGCCCGUCGAAAAGAAGAAAAGCAACAGGAAGCUAAUUUGAAAAAUAAGCAGAAGAGUUUAAAAGAAGAAGAACAAGAGAGACGUGACAUUGGAUUGAAGAUUGCACUAGGCUGUGAAAACAAAGGGUUUGCUUUGCUCCAGAAGAUGGGAUAUAAAAGUGGUCAGGCCCUCGGCAAAAGUGGAGACGGUAUUGUUGAACCAAUUCCUCUCAAUGUCAAAACAGGAAAAAGUGGCAUUGGUCAUGAGGCAUUACUAAAACGGAAAGCGGAGGAAAAGUUGGAAAGCUACAGAAGAAAGAUUCACAUGAAAAAACAAGUUGAAGAAAGAGCUGCAGAACAGUUUCGAAUGCGACUUAAAAAUAAGCAAGAUGAAAUGAAGCUAGAAGGAGAUCUUAGAAGAAGCCAGAGAGCCUGUCAACAAUUGGAUACUCAGAAGAAUAUUCAGGUUCCCAGGGAGGCAUGGUACUGGUUGAGGCUUGAAGAGGAAACUGAAGAAGAGGAAGAGGAAGAAAAAGAACAAGAUGAAGAUGAAUAUAAGAGUGAAGAUUUAAGUGUACUGGAAAAAUUACAAAUAUUGACUAGUUAUUUAAGAGAAGAACAUCUGUAUUGUAUUUGGUGUGGAACAGCCUAUGAAGAUAAAGAAGACCUGUCUUCAAAUUGCCCAGGACCAACUUCUGCAGAUCAUGACUAAGAUUAUUCUCAAUAAAGUAGAAGCUUGGCAAA